AUGAGUUGUUGCGGAGAUCGAGAAAAGGGCCCGCCGGAGAAGAAGCAGCGGUGGGAGUUUAUCGAGUUGAGCGACUUUCGAUCCACAUCGUGCUGGAACUUCAUCGCUUAUGGCUGGCUUUGGUUCAUGGGUGCGGUCGGCGUCGCCGUCUACGCUGUCGACACCUUCACCGCCGUCAACCUCCUCAUCUUCAACCGAUGGAGCUCGCAGGUCCAGCCCGUGAUCCCCUUCAAAUACAGCAAGUGGAUCUUCGCCAUCUGCAUCUUCAUCUCCUACGCCCUCUGUUUUUACGAAUGGGUCCGCGCCAUCCGAGUCAUCAAGAGAGACGGCGUUGCCGCCAGCUAUAUGGACCCCAUUGCCAACUCUCUCCAAAGCAUGCGCUCCCGCGGCUUCAAGCGAUUCCUCGUCUACACCCAGCUCACGAAGAGCAAAAAGGGCACCGACUACGUCGCGUUCUUCGUGUACUUUGCUUUUCAAAGCGCCGUUCGAGUAGUCCUGGCCGAAGGACCUCGACAGGCCGUCAAUGCCAUGACCCUCUACGCCGUCAUGCAGGCUGAUCUUAUCAACGGCGGCGCAACAACUGACGGCCACUCGCAUAUCCAGCAGUUCUUCAUCAACCUUGGCGCUAUUGCCGACAAGAACUACGAGCAAGCUGCCAUUUACGCUUCUAUGUUGUUCACCCUCGUCAUUUGGGUAUUCAGCGCUCUGUGCUUGAUCUGUGCAGGCCUCUUGUACUUGGUCUUCCUGUGGCACUACAUCCCGCAACAGGACGGCCGCCUCCGGAUCUACUGCCGACGCAAGAUUGACCGUAGGCUGGACAAGAUCGUUGCCCACACAAUCGAAGCGGCGAUGGAAGACGAGGCGAAGAAGAGGGAAAAGGCGGAAAGAAAGGCGGAGCUCAAGAGGCAGAAAACUGGUGAGCUGCCUCCGCCUCGUCCAAUGGGGCUCAACAGAGCACCUACCUUGCCGGAUUUGGGAGACGACGGUGCGUGGAAGAAGCAUGAUGCUGCGUCGCCACUCAAUCGACAAGAUACUAAGUCGACCGUGUCAACCCUGCCUCCAUACUCUGCUCGACCAGAUGGGCUCGAUAGGCAACCGUCGCUGCCCGACCUCGCUUUCGACCGGCCAGGGAUGCCAAGCAGGAGCGGGACCCAAGCAUCUGGGUGGAGUAGUGCAAGCUUGGAAGCAGACGCUCCUCUCUUGCCAAAUGCCGGAUUCGCUGGCGGUGAUGGCUGGACUUCGUCGCCUGCCCCGACAUACUACUCUCGCAAGCCGUCCGUGACUUCGUCCAUUCCUCCCAUGCCUAUGCGCAUGGACACACAGAACACAAGCACGUCACAGCGGCCCUUUACCCCGGCAUCAGCGACGACUGCAAGACCGCCACCCGGUCAACGCUUCCCAGUACGCUCAAAUACGGGUUACAGCUUUGAAGAGCCGCAA